CGGUCACUGAAGUUUUGUCGGAGGGAGAAGGGGGAGGGAGGAGGAAGGGUAGGGUCGAGCCGGGCCGAUAGGGGAGCGCGGCAGGAGACGGCGACUCCCCGCACGGCCCGGCUCUCCUCACGGAAGCUCCUGGACUGCGCUGGACUCCAUGUGAUGUGCAGGGUCAGAAAUGCCUUAUGUGGAUCGUCAGAAUCGCAUCUGUGGUUUCCUAGAUAUUGAAGAAAAUGAGAAUAGUGGGAAAUUCCUGCGGCGCUACUUCAUCCUGGACACCAGAGAAGACAGCCUGGUGUGGUACAUGGAUAACCCACAGAAUCUUCCCUCUGGAUCUCCACCUGUUGGAGUCAUCAAACUUACAUAUAUCUCAAAGGUUAGCGAUGCAACUAAGCUGAGGCCAAAGGCAGAAUUCUGUUUUGUUAUGAAUGCAGGGAUGAGAAAAUACUUUCUACAAGCCAAUGAUCAGCAAGACCUGGUUGAAUGGGUAAAUGUUCUGAACAAAGCUACCAAAAUCACAGUACCAAAGCAGUCUGAUCCUCUCUGUCAAAUGGAUAAUGCAAACCGUCAAGCUGAAAGCCCAGGGGGGAAGAAGCAAGUCUCUUACAAGACAGAAAUUGUUGGUGGUGUCCCUAUCAUUACCCCUACCCAGAAAGAAGAAACCAGUGAGUGUAGUGAAGGGGCUGAUAGGAAUUAUUUGAAACGUUCACAAAGUCACCUGCCCUAUUUUACUGCCAAGCACCCCCCAGAUAAUGCGGUUAUCAAAGCUGGCUACUGUGUAAAACAAGGAGCAGUGAUGAAGAACUGGAAGAGGAGAUAUUUUCAGUUAGAUGAAAACACAAUUGGAUAUUUCAAAUCUGAACUGGAAAAGGAACCUCUCAGAGUUAUACCACUUAAGGAGGUCCACAAAGUUCAGGAAUGCAAGCAAAGUGAUAUAAUGAUGAGAGACAAUCUCUUUGAAAUCGUAACAACUUCUCGAACCUUUUAUGUACAGGCGGACAGUCCAGAAGACAUGCACAGCUGGAUCAAAGCCAUUUCUGGGGCCAUUGUAGCACAGAGAGGACCUGGAAGAUCAGCAGCUUCUGUUACUCUAAUCUUAGCUUUGCACUGUGUUCCAGAUGCGGCAGGCCAGAAGGCUGUCGAAUCCUUGUAUACAGAGGAGCAUACCGAGUCUGCUGCCGAACCCAACCAUGCUCUCCGUUCUGCCCUCCCAGCCACAGCCACCUCACAUUCCGCAGCCGCUCACAGCAGCCCUCUGGUCCCAAACCCUCACGCCAAAUACCCUGCCCUGGAGAAGCGAGGAUUUCACCAAUCUUUUACCAAGGCCAAGCCAGGGAGCUACAAGAUCCAGGCUGUCGCUGCAAGAGAAUCAGCUUCCAAAGUGACUGAGCGGGGCCUCUCUGAACCCCAAAGUAAAAAUGGCACUCAGGAACAGGAUCCUGGCCUGGUGGAUCUGGAUGAUGCAAGCCUUCCAGUUAGCGAUGUGUAGUGGGGGAAGGGUUGGGAGAAUGAUCCAUUUGUUCGGUCCUCGGAUUUCCUUGUUUGGGCUUUGAACCAAAGAAAAUGGUAGGGAGGGAGGGAGAAGAGUGAGCAGGAGCACUGCUGUUCAGACACGUGUGUGUGUGCUGCUCUGCACACCUGGGUGGCUGUCCUGUGUUUGUAUAUUGCCUUGCAGCCGAGGGCAGAGAUGGGCCUGAGGUGUUUUCUCAAAGCCCCAUAGUAAGUCACUUACUAGGGAGGGGCCAAACUGCACCAUUUAGAAGGAAGAAAAAUAAAAGCAAAGGACUAAACAACAACAAAGUACUUCUGCAAGAAAGCAAGGUACCAGCAACUUCUUAUUCCUAAUCUGGCCAACUCAUUCAAUUCACAACCAAUGCUGUGUUGUGGAGAACUUGCUGCCAGCAAAUGUGAUCACUGAAUUCCGUUUGGAGCUACAGUAGAAUCGGAGGCAUGGGUGAGAAUUGUUUCUCCCUGUGACUUUCAGCUGCCAGGAAAUGCACAGAGCCUUCCUUCUGUUCUGGAGGUUCAACCCAUUUGUUGUCAGAGCAGGGAUUCUGAAAUCCCUUUGAAUUCUAGUUAUGGUGCUGUAAAAUUUCCACUCAAAUAAUAUUUUGGAUAGUCAGCCUAUUUUUGAUGCACUCCUCGAGGGUGGGUUCGAACUUCUUUGCACAUUUGGGUUUUAAUAGACUGCACGUAGCAGUGUUUGGGAGGGGGGAGAAGAGAGUCUGGACUUGAGAAUUUGACCACUUCUAGAUCUUUUGAACCCAGUAAGGUUCCUAUGGUGUUACAUUAGGCUUUGCAGCAAUUUGCUUUCAAUUAAAUGUCUAAAUGUAUGGGUGGGUAAGUGUUUUGAGGAUGAGUUUGCUUGCCAGCGCUUUGUGAGCAGUUCUUGUUUCUAGAUGAGAGCAGCAGCAAACCGUCUUGGUUUAGUUGUGUCUGGUACUGAGCUGUUCACAGUCCUGCAGUCGUGGCCUAUAACUUUUUUGUGCACUAAUGAGCUAAGUGCCUGUGUUGUUUUUCUCACGUCGUGGAAACACUUUGGGAUUAAGGAUGUACGCAGAACCAUUCCUGGUGGGUUUGAGCCAUGGCUUGGAGUUGUUCCGAAUAGCUUAGGUCAAAAGAACUGUUCAAAGCAGAAAAUUUAGACCAGGGGCAGCAGUGUUGCACCCACCAGCUGUGCAGGAUGGCUCUGAGCAGUGACUUUAUGUGCACACUGCACUGGGGGCUUCAGUGAUGACAAUGGAAAGAACCUUCACAUUUUAAGUAUUGGCUUAGGUCGAGCGUGUCCUGGCUUCUUGUUUCUGAGCAGUGUCUGCUUGAAUCAAAACCCCACAAAUCUCUCGUGCUGCUGCUUACUGCAAUCCAGACUGCCCAGCUCUGUGUUACUUUUUGUCUGCUGGAACCUAAGAUACAUAUCAUACAAGUCCCAUUUUCUCUCCAGCUCCCAAAUUGACUUGCAGCUUGACAGAUACAGAUGGCUUGACCACCAGAAUUUGUUGAUCCAAGGGUAGAAAAAUUGGCAUCAUCUAAGAAUGGAAUUUCAAAACCUUAAAUGAUGUCAGCACCUUCCUGGUUUUUGGGUUGUUUUUUUUUAAUCCAUAAGCUAACUAACCACUGUCUGAAGGCAGUGGUGUUUGUAAAUGACUGGGUUUGUUUGACUCCUUUUAGAUGUAUGUGAAAACUACCACGGAAUUGGAAGUUCCUGUAAAUGUCUGUACUACUAUUGUAGGUUUUAGCUACUCUACAGGUAAACCAACAGCUCUUUACAAGCUUUUCUUUUCACAAGUGCAUUCCACGUGGAAGCCACUUUGCAUUGAAAUAGCUUUACUGUAGUCUAACAUCUGAAAUCACUCGCUCUGGUACAGCUUUCACACUGCAUGGUCAUGUUAUUAUAGUCUGGUAUUGGCAGUUCUACACAUCGGGUGGAGGUAAAGCAGCUCCAUUAUGGGACUUAGAAAAGAGGAAAAAGGAGGAAAAAAAAAAAAGAGAAGAACUACUGUUGUAGUUCAGUAGCAUAGGGAACUAUUUGUGGUUGGUAAUUGUCAGGGUCUCCUAUUUAUCAGUACUUUUAUAAAUCUAUGAAAAUUGUUAAAUUAUUUUAGAAACAGUGCUGUAAAUAUGUCACAUUUAAAUUGUCAAUAAAUCACUUUGGGUAACUUAAAA